GGCAGGCGGCGGGGCGGGCGCAGGAUGAGGGCGGCCAUUGCUGGGGCUCCGCCGCGGGGAGGAGGACGCUGAGGAGGCGCCGAGCAGCGCAACGCUGCGGGGGAGGCGCCCGCGCCGACUUGGGGCUCAUGGCCAGGACCACCAGCCAGCUGUAUGACGCUGUGCCCAUUCAGUCCAGUGUGGUGCUAUGUUCCUGCCCAUCCCCAUCAAUGGUGAGGUCCCAGACUGAGCCCGGCUCGUCCCCUGGCAUUCCUAGUGGUGUUAGCAGGCAGGGAUCCACCAUGGACGGCACCACAGCUGAAGCCCGACCAAGUACCAACCCCUUGCAGCAGCACCCUGCCCAGCUGCCACCACAGCCUCGCAAGAAACGCCCUGAAGACUUCAAGUUUGGGAAAAUUCUUGGCGAGGGCUCUUUUUCAACAGUGGUUCUGGCCCGAGAACUGGCCACUUCCAGAGAAUAUGCUAUUAAAAUUCUGGAGAAACGUCAUAUUAUAAAAGAAAACAAAGUUCCGUAUGUAACUAGAGAGAGAGAUGUGAUGUCACGCCUGGAUCACCCCUUCUUUGUGAAACUUUAUUUUACAUUUCAGGACGACGAAAAGCUGUAUUUUGGCCUUAGUUAUGCCAAAAAUGGAGAGCUACUUAAAUACAUCCGCAAAAUUGGCUCAUUUGAUGAGACCUGUACCCGGUUUUACACGGCUGAGAUUGUGUCUGCUUUAGAGUACUUGCAUGGCAAGGGCAUCAUUCACAGAGACCUUAAACCAGAAAACAUUUUGUUAAAUGAAGACAUGCACAUCCAGAUCACAGAUUUUGGAACAGCAAAAGUGUUAUCCCCAGAGAGCAAACAAGCCAGGGCCAACUCAUUUGUAGGAACAGCACAGUAUGUUUCUCCAGAGCUGCUCACAGAGAAGUCGGCGUGUAAAAGUUCAGACCUUUGGGCCCUUGGAUGUAUAAUCUAUCAGCUCGUGGCAGGACUCCCACCAUUCAGAGCCGGAAAUGAAUAUCUUAUAUUUCAGAAGAUCAUUAAGCUGGAAUAUCAUUUCCCAGAAAAAUUCUUCCCUAAGGCAAGAGAUCUUGUGGAAAAACUCUUGGUUUUAGAUGCCACAAAGCGUUUAGGAUGUGAAGAGAUGGAAGGGUACGGGCCUCUCAAAGCUCAUCCAUUCUUUGAGACCAUCACUUGGGAGAAUUUGCACCAGCAGACACCUCCGAAGCUCACAGCUUACUUACCAGCCAUGUCAGAGGAUGAUGAAGACUGCUAUGGCAACUACGACAAUCUCCUGAGCCAGUUUGGCUUCAUGCAGGUGUCAUCCUCCUCCUCUUCCCACUCCCUGUCUACGGUGGAAGCCAGCCUGCCCCAGAGGUCGGGCAGCAACAUAGAGCAGUACAUCCAUGAUUUGGACACUAACUCUUUUGAACUAGACUUACAGUUUUCAGAAGAUGAAAAAAGGUUGUUAUUGGAAAAGCAAGCCGGUGGAAACCCUUGGCACCAGUUUGUAGAAAAUAAUCUAAUAUUAAAAAUGGGCCCAGUGGAUAAGCGAAAGGGUUUAUUUGCAAGACGACGACAGUUAUUACUCACAGAAGGGCCACAUUUAUAUUAUGUUGAUCCUGUCAACAAGGUCUUGAAAGGUGAAAUCCCAUGGUCACAAGAACUCCGACCAGAAGCCAAGAAUUUUAAAACUUUCUUUGUCCACACGCCUAACAGGACGUACUACCUGAUGGAUCCAAGCGGGAAUGCUCACAAGUGGUGCAGAAAGAUCCAGGAGGUUUGGAGGCAGCAGUACCAGAGCAAUCCAGAUGCUGCUGUGCAGUGACGUGGCCUGCGGCCGGGCUGCCUAUUGCUGCCAGGACACCUGCCUCAGCGCGGCUCGGCCGCCACCCAGGACGCUUCCAGACCACCUGCCAGCCAUCUCGUGGAGAACAUAGAUGGCAGAAACCUUGCAGCUUUUUUAUUUAAAAGAAAAGAAAAAAAAGAACCCAACCACACAAAGAACAAAACAAAUAGCCAACAAACAGGAAUUCAGGGUCGCUUUGCUUGCUCUCUGUGCUCUGUGGUGGCUUCCAUGCACUGCUGUGGCCAUGGAGACCCAGCUCCUUGCACGGUAGCCCAGCUUCUGCCCAGACCAGUGGCCAGAUUUGGCAUCACCAGCCCCUCUUAGCAUCCACAGGAACUGCAUGCCUGCCUCUACCCUUCCCCACCUGAUACACACAGCUCCUGCUGUGACUGAGGGACGGGGUGUAUCUGGCCUACCCCAGUUGUUGCAGAAUCCUUCCCCAGGAGCCCCUUCACUCCUGCUGGGGUAGUCACCAGCUUACUGUGGGUACAGGGCUCUUAGCUUGUAUGUGUUCUCCCUUCCUUGAAUCUCUUGUAUGGCCCUAGAACUUUGGUCAGGUGUGUUUAUGGCGACAUGAUUUCUGUGGUUCCUGCCUUACAGCAGGCAGGUUGUAUGGUGAGAAGAAUGAAGGCUGUUGUAGUUACAGGUGCUCUUACUGGGCUCUGCUCUAGUGUUCCACUUCCUAGAAGUUUAUACAGUGAACUAGACACUAAGCCAAGCACAUGUCCAGGAGGGUUGCUGUAGCACCAGCACCUAGGUAACACCAACUAGAUUAUUAUCAGGUACAGAAUCCUGUCCUGAACCUGGGCAAGGCUGGAGGUACUAUAGAGAAUCCAGCUUGGGCUACUGCUUCCAUGUAGAGAAGUGGGACAGCAGGCCCUCCUUGGAGUUUCUGCACAGGUUUAGGUGAGUAGACCACAUGCCCUAUGAGGCAAGCACUGAGAAAACCCUAGGGUGUGUUUCAGUAUCCCUCCCAGCCUCACCUGGGAUGCUAUGGGUAAACACUUCUCAGCUAGUCCAUUUUUACAACUCUAUUGAAAAUCUAGAAGCCUUCUUAUGUUGCCAGGUCACCUACUCCCAUAAAGUGUGGGCCUUGCCUGGAAAGAAUGUUAUCACUGUCCUGCUCACAGGAACAGCCCUCUUAAUCUGAGCCUGCCCAUGCUGGCAUUCUUUGCCAGUACUGGGACACUUCUUUUGGCAUUUCUUGCAGAGUGCUUCUGAGGGACUUGGCUGUACCUCUCUUUGACUAGGAUAUCCCUGAAAGUUGGCCCUUGGUGUCUAGUGGAGAAAAGUAGGCAUCUCCCAUCUGCUCACAGUAGCACCUCAGACUCCUAUGUCCCAAUGGCAGCAACAAUUUUGCUAUUUCUAUUGACUUUCACAUAGGCGCCCCCAAACACACACAACCGAGGUUACCCUGUUCUGACUACAGUGACCACCUGUGGGCCAGGCCAUCUAAACUGAGAGGGGGGAAAGAUUCUAUUUCAAAUCUUUAACAACAAGAGUGAUUCUGUUCAGCUGGGGUAGAGUGAGGAUGAAAAGCCAACCACCACUCUGUGGCAGGGUUGCUGGAUGGGAACAGGGAUUUUAUUUAGACCCAGCUAGAUUGUGUGAGAAGAGCUUGAGGUGACCAAGGAGCAGGACCUCACUUGCCAGUAGAACCCACAGAACAGGUAUGGCCUAGGAUGCUGUCAGCCUGAGAGUGAAAGUGGGCACUCAUUUCUCCUGGAUUUUGAAGAGCCUGUUAAGUACACUUGGCUAUUUCCUCCUUGGAGUCCUGUUCUUGCUUAUGCCUUGAGGCUAUUUUGCCCUCAGAGUGCCCUGUAUCCUACAUUUGCACAUGUAAGAGUGGCUUCCUCUCUCUCAGGUGCAUGCAGACACAGGGAAAGCAUCUUUGAGGGCAUUUAACUACAGGGAGCAGUGGACUGAGGCUUGGCUUGAAUUAGACCACAAAGCUGGCUGUAUAUGGGAGAGUCCUUUGUUGCUUCCUUCCCUGGAGAGCAACACUACCUCCUGGGCUUUACCAAGCACCACCCUAACCUCUAAAAUCAGGGUUCAGCUGAGCUAUUAGUAGUGGGUGGUCACCAUGACUGCCCAAGCUACAACAGCUGAUCUCUUCCCAGGUCACCUUUGUCCUUACUGCCCCCUUUUCCUUGGUUUUUGUUUUCUUUAAUGAACCAUGCACAUUCUUUUCUUAACCUGGCUUAAAUCACCUUCAUUUUUCCAGUCGUCCUUAGAGCCGUCACCCUGUGUGAAGGUGCCUUACUUUGUAGGACAGGAUGUGGAUGUCAGUUUGUACAACUGUGUGUGUGUGUGUGUGUGUGUGUGUGUGUGUGUGUGUGUGUGUGUGUGAAACAGUAAAUUCGGGAUGUAUGUAAGGAGAGAAAGAAAUACCCUGUUAGUACCUCUAGAAAUCAUGUGUCCUAGGAAUGGCAAGGAUGGAAAGAAAGUUGAAGACUGUUCUCUGGCUUCUCCUACCUAGGUACAGCGGACUGUAGUACCUCAAAGCCCACUUGAGCCCUGCCUUCUCUUGUCAUCACAGAUGAAACUUAGCUUGAAUGGGUCAAUUCCACCUGUUUUUCUGUGCUCCAGCUGGGCAGUGGGCUCCCCAUGUAGAGAUGCCCCAUGUGGCAUCAUGGCUCAGCUGUCAUUUUGAGCUAAAACCCAGUAGAUGCAGUAUAAACCACUUUGAGAGAUAGCUUGUGUUAGGCUGAAACUGAUAGAAACUGCUGCAACUCUCUUUGGGCCACCCUAGUGUUUGUGAUUCAUGCUUGAAGUAACCUUGCCGACAGUUGUGUGGCACAGACUCCCAGUACCAGCAAUGGGGCCUGUAGGUAAUUGUGUGCUUUCUUUAAAGAAGUGUAUGUUUUCUAAAAGCAAAAGAAUAAAGGAAGGCCCAUCAUCCAGAGACCACUGUGAACAUUUGGAUGUAGAUGCUGUUCUCCCUAACUUUUUUUGUUCCAGUGCUGGGAAUUGAAUAGUGAGGUUCAGGAUUGCUAAGCGAGUGCUCUACCACUGAUGUGCAUCCUUAGUCCUUGUUUGCUUUCUAAACCAAACUGGGAACACAUACAACAUUCAUCAUUUUACAUCCAGCUUUUUCACUUGACUUGUUUUCUCUUAAGCAUUUCUCCAUGCCGUGGCCGUGAGUAGUUCUUCAAAAGCAUGUUUUUGAUAAUUGUGGAGUCAAGUGGUUGUAAAUUUAUAAGUUAUGCAGUUGUUUCCCUGUUGUAAAACAUUCAGAUGGUUUUUGGUUUCUUUUGUGUUUUUGUUGCUAUUUAAAUAAUGCUGUGGUGAAUAUACUUAUAAGUCUUUGAUUUUUAUUCUGAUUUUGCCCCUUCCUCACAUACCUGAAGUGGUAUUUUUGGGUAUUCCUCCUCCUUGGUCUGAUGUUUAGAUCCUCUGAGUUCCAGUUACAAAUCUAUCUUCCUUGUGUCCUACGGAUUUUGAACACAUCAGUUCUUGCUAAGUUGUGUGUUCUCAAGAAAGUUUGACUAUGGCUGCUUUUGUUUUUAAUGCUAAAAUGUCAUUACUGUAGAUUCCUUUGUGACAGAUUUUUUUUUCCCCAAAAGCCAGUCUUUUCAUUUGCAAUGCAAGAAUCUGCUCCUGCAUGUUACUUCUUUUCCAUCUUUGCUCUAAGGCUUUCAAGUGCUUGGUGAUGUUUUCAGAAUCUUGUACUUUGUGUCCACGAUGGUACUGAAUCUGCUUCUACACAGUCAGCAGAGAUAAAGUGUUGAACUGACCUUGCUACAUGCCUAAUGGAUAAUUCAUAAUUAAGUUUAUAGACUCAGAAAUGCAUUUGGGCCAUUUGGGAAUUAGUAGCAAAGCAGAAUAGCAAAGCUCUUCUUGGAAAAGAAACCACACAGAUGAUUGAGUUUUACUAAAAGUACAGCUGUGAGUAUUCUUGCUCCACACCUCAGGUCUUGGUUCAGGACAGCACAGUGGCUAGGCUUUGUCAUUGCCAAGGAUGGGUAUCCCCACUGAUGCUUAUGUAAACCUCCUUGUGCGCUGCAGUGCUGCAUGGAACUGUAGUGCCCACCCAAAUCGGAUAGUAGCUUUAUCUGUGUUGGGUGGGGCCUGCUGGUUCAAUUUGGAAACAUGCAGCAGAGAUUUUCUGGGCACCAUACUCAGUGUUACUUGACUGUCAGAGCUUGGGGCUGGAGAUGUGCAGAAAUCAGUUUCCUGCCCUCCUCUGCCUCAAGGCUUCUCCCCAUUGUUCCAUAGACCUGGGGUGUUCAUCUGAGACUUAGGAGGCCACAGCAACUCUGAAUAUGGUGAAGAUACUCCUAAACACUUUUUCCAUUUGUUUUAAUGCAAAACCCAACAUAAACUGGUGCUGAUGCCAAUGGGUGUAGCACCUUGUGGGUAGAACAUAAGACAAGGGCCCUGAGAGAUUGAACAGGGCUGGAACCACUCUCAGAACCUCUGAAGAUACCUGGCUUCUGGCCUAACACUUCAGGGUUAUAAGUCAGAAUGUGGAAAAAUGGCCUGCAAUGCGAGGGAAGCUGUUUCUGUCAAAAGCACUUUUGCAGCGGUAAGCAAAUGAAUUAGCCAAUAUGAAUACCUGAAAAUUCCCUGUAACUCAUUUCUUCCAUAUGAAGAAUCCAAACUGAACAAAAGUUUUUACAAAUGGCAAAAUUUUCCCUCCCCAUGUAGUCCACCCUAGUUUAAUCAUCUGGGUUAAUGACUACAAGUAGGUCAUUGUGCAGGUUAAAGCCACGACCAUAGUGUGAUUGGACAUGUGCAAAUUAAAAACUGUUACAGUAUUUAGAGCUGCUGCGGCUGGUCCAUUAGCCACGUACAGUAGGAUGAAUUGCUGUCAUUCAGGUUGGUGGCAGUCAGUUAGAACAUGUGUAAUAUUCUCUACCUGUUCUGUAGCUGUAACUGUGAUGUACAGGCAAAGGAAAAAUUAAAAAUACUUAUGAAAACAGAUAAUGCAAUGAUACUGGGAUAUACACUUUUGUAUUUUUAUUCUUAUAUAAGGUUAUUUGCUGGCUAUUGUCGGCCUCUAGUUCAGUCUGUGUUAUUUAAAUUCUAAUAUAUGAAUUAUUUGGAUUGAAUUCAUGUUUGGGGCCACGUUGUUGUAUGUAUUGAUGUACAGCCUUGAAUGUGAAUAAUUAUUGUAAACUAUAUUUUACAACUUUUUUCCUGGCUUUAUUAUAUAAAUUUUCUAUUUGGUCAUGGUUUAAUCAUAUAAUUUAAUGAAACAACUUUUCUUUCUUUUUUUUUUUUUUUUUNUUUAGAUGUAAUUACCGGAUGAUGGAUUUCCCUCGUAUGCUCGGUAGUCUUGUAAUAAAAGCAUGUAGAGUGUACA